UUACACCUGAACUGUCAGGGCAGCUCUAAUAAUAGAUAUAGAAGGCAUGGUCUACGGAUUCUACGCCAAAAAAAGACAAAAAUGGAGUCUUACAUGGAUAGGAAACUUCCAUAUGGGAUUAAAUUCUAAAGGCAAGUACAUUUUGUUAAAACAGUAUAUUGAACAAAGUGCAAAAUAGCACGGAGAAAUAAGAUCUUGACUAUUUCAAAGAACCACCAUUGUUGCGAACCAGAGUUGUGUUUUGUUUAAUGGACCACCCACCUAACAUUUUUAAAUGCUUUUUAUCUGUGUGUAAACAGCUAAGAAAUUUCGAUCGAUUGAACGGCAUUGUUUCCAUUUAUUUUCAGAGAACGAAGUAUCUUCGUCCACGAUGGAAGUUAUUACGAUAUGCUAGAUCAUCUUUACUGCGGUGAUCACCAAAUUCCAACUGGGGAGAGAUGAAUAAUUGAACAGUUCCGAAGAGAAGUCCAGGCUUCAAGAAACAUGGAUGUGGUACAAAGCAAAUACUGGAAUGACCAAAUCAAAAGUAUGGUGGGACCGUGUAUGAUUACGUUUUCCAUCCCCCUUACCAUUCCUGGCUUAACCAUAACGCUUGUGGCGUUCAGUGAUGAAAAAUCUUUCCCGGUGUAUGGACCACUGCAUAUAACUGGACUCAUCAUUUUAGUCAUUUCGGUUUUCCUGAUCCUCUUUGGUUGCAUUUUGAAGUUUAUUUGGAAACCCAUUAUCCUACCAGACAUUGAACGCCAGUUGUCUCCUCGUCAGUCUUUUAGAAGUGAUUCAUUUUACAGGAAAGAAAUAGAGCGCAUACAAAGAGAAAACAUCCGAGAGAAAGACGUGACAGAGACGAGGCGCAAAAACAGUUCUACAGAAACGGGAGAAACGGUUCUGUGUUCUCAAAGAGACCCAGAAAUGGUUAGAUCGAUAGAUGUUUCUGAUGCAGUAAGAAACUCAAAUGAAAGUGAAAUCAGACAUUUAGAACAAGAUGAUGGAGUAAGGUACACAAAAGGUGACGAUAAUUUAUCAGCAUUCCCUCUCCAAGACUAUACUUUCCCCUCCCCACGGGGAGGCCGUUUACCCCCGAUAGAAACUACGGACAAAGUGGGCGUGUCUCGUGGACACAGUUCUGAUAAUGACGGGCAGGGCAUUUACAGGAGUCGAUCUCCUGGCGAACUUGAGACCUCUAGAAAGAAGAAAAAGAAACGAAAGCGUCAUAAAAAAGAGGAAACUGAAGAAGGAGGUGUGAAGGGAGGGGAUGAGAUAAUGGACAUUACCAAGAAAACCUCCAGAGAACCCCAACUGCCAAAAUUACAGAAAACAAGAGAGCAUUUAGUGGAUGAAAACGCCUCAGGAGAGUCCGUAAAGUCUUCAAACUGUAGUCUGCUGAAUGAGGAGACAUCAGACUCAACAAAGAGAAGAAAAAGACGAAAGAAACGAAAAACACUGAGUGCCAUGCGACAAGAAUCGCACGACAAAUCGGAUACUGGCGGUGACCAAUCAAAUGGCCGCUCUAAGUCAUUCGGAUCACAAGUCAGUGAUGACGUCACAAAUCGAAAUCCAUCCGAUUCGGAUAGCGGUCGUCCGGUGGACUCUGACUGAACUAUAUGCAGCCAAAAUUGUUCUGUCAACAAACCAAAGAAAAUUUAUUUAUAUCAUGAUGGCAUUUUAAAUUACGCAAUUGGCGUAGUGGUCAUCCGUCCUUUUACAUUAAUUCAUAAAAAAAAAACAUAGUGGGAAGAAAAUCUGUGAUAUAUUUUUUUUAAC